AUGUCGCAGCACCCCGCCCCAGCCGGGGAUGCAUCACCGAGCCCCCUGCCCCCAGGUACAACACAUUUGGUCGACCUGGAUGGGACAAUGGCAACAAAACAUGCCAAUGGUAAAGAUGUGAGGGACAUUGUGCUCAUUCCAAGGCCAAGUGAUGACCCGGAAGACCCUCUCAAUUGGUCGUUCCGACGGAAGCUCCUCUCCACCUCAUGCGUCGUUGUUUACACCAUGCUGCUAGCUAUACCGUCCAGCGCAGUGUAUUCCGUUGUCACACCAAUUAGAAAGGCCACAGGCUUGACGCUUACGGAUCUGAACAAUGGGACUGGUAUCAUGUUUCUAUUCUACGGAUGGGGCUGUGUCAUUUGGCAGCCGCUGGCUCUACAAUACGGCAAGCGCCCUGCGUACUUGCUAUCUCUUGUUGCCAAUAUCAUAAUUAUGGCCACAGCACCUUUGUGCACGACUUCUCGGACCUACCAAGUCAGCCGUGUUCUUCUCGGCCUGUUUGGCUCUCCAGUUGAGUCGCUCUGCGAGAUCUCCAUCACUGACAUUUGGUUCACACAUGAACGACCAAAAUAUAUGGCAUGGUACGGUUGGUCGCUUGCUUUGACUGGGAAGCUGGCGCCAAUGAUCUCUGGGUUCAUCAAUACCGGCAUGGGAUGGGAGUGGACUCUGUGGUGGUGUGCCAUUUUUAAUGGCAUUGCAUUCAUAUAUUGCUUCCUUUUCAUGGAGGAGACGAAUUACGACCGCAAACAUGUGGACGACUCCGUGCCCGACGCUGAGGAGAAGUCUCCGAACUCGGUUCUCAAAAACAUCAACAUGACCAGCACUGCAGACGCAGCAUCAGCCGACAAGAGCCUUGAUUCCAAAGAAAUAUCGCCAGCAUCACCCAGUAGUGAUAUCGAGGAAGCUCAAGUUAUCAAGCCGCGAAAGACUUACUGGCAAAAGCUGAGCCUGAGGGAUAAACGUCGCCCGAACCGCGUUCUAGAUGUUGCUCUUGCGCCUUUCAAAGGAUUUUUGUAUCCUCCUGUAGUGUAUGCAGGUCUCAUGUGGGGAGCAAACAGCCUCGUCUGGUCCGGCGUUCAGAAUGCCACCGCCGGGACCGUAUACACUACCAAAUAUGGAUGGUCCACCACGGAUGUGUCCGGCGCAUACGCUGCAGGUGUGAUUGGUACCAUUACAGGCGGAUAUUACUCAGGCAAGGUCGGGCGCAUGCUGACCUUGCGUCUCGCGCGGCGCAACAACGGUGUCUCUGAGCCAGAGCAUAUCUUGUACCUCUUCGUCGCAUCUAUGAUUCUUGUUCCCUUUUCUCUGGUCCUCUACGGAGUUGGUGUCGUCCACCAUAUCCACUGGUUUGGUCUGGUGUUCAGCCAGUUCCUGCUCGCCAACAGCAAUGCCCUCUGCGUCUCUGCCGCUCUCACCUACGCAAUCUCGUCAUAUCACGAGCUGUCAGGCGGCAUGGUUGUCACAUGCGUGCUCAUCCGCAACACACUCAGCUUUGCCAUCAAUUACGCCAUUACGCCUUGGCUGGAGGCUACGGGAUACCAGAACACGUACGUGACCGUUGCAGUGAUCGGGUUUGUUUGGAAUGCGAGCUUGUUCGGGAUGGUCAGGUGGGGUAGGAGGAUGAGGGAGGCUACAGCGCAAAGGUACUGGAGGGACGUGAAGAGGGCGCGGGAGAAGGGCCUGAGUGAAUAG